AUGCCUGUCAUACCAGUACAGUAUGAAAGUUUGAAGGCGAUUUUGCCUUACAUGAACCCAAAUAAACGAUUCCAAAUCUCUCUGCGCAUACCGUCUAUAAGCUCCCUUGAGAGCCGUUUACCGCUGAAAAUCAAGAAUUUGACGUUUUCACAAAUAGAUACGAAAGUAAAUGAGGUAUCCUAUCGACUUGGUGUGCACCGCGAUUACGGGCGCAACGAACCUCCUCCGGAUGCUCUCCUUAUUAAUCAAGGGGGAGGGUCUCCCGAUGACAUUGAUCAAUAUGGAGUCUUUAUAUAUCCCGGGGAGAACAACGUACUUCCAGGAGAUAUCGAUUUGAGAAUACGAAUUCAACAAUAUGAUCGGUUUAUUACAGAUGAAGAGGAACAAAAUCUAGUCCAUGACCUGAGAAUUUUUAAAAUACUGCUGGCCGAACGGUUGAAUCAGGAAUAUAUUGAAGACAACGAAACCAGGAAUGCGGUUGUUGGUGGUCCUUGGAAUGCUUUCAUAGAGAUAAAAUAUCGAGAAAUCGUAAUGAACAGAUCUGUUGAAUUCAUUCAAAGCUGGAUUCAAUUACUUCGGAACCGGCUUAGUGGUUUUACUAAUCGUCGAAACAAUCAGAACCGGCCAUAUACUCCCUGGAUUCAAUUAUCCGUCUAUUCUCCAAAUGAAAUCACAAUUCAACGUGUUGCAUACAAUAAGUAUAUUUAUCAAGCAAAAAAGGCGGUGCACUCGAAACUGUUUGGAAAUCGUGGUUCGAGUAUUUCAGUGAAAAAUCUGAAAAUUGAGCUUCCCAAUCAAAUUCUUCGUUUUCCCGCCACAACUAUUCUGAAAAUCGAAAAUUUAGAAGUUGUACGUUGGAAUUCACUAGCAUUUGAACGGUUCAAGAAUAUCAUUCAUUCAUCAUCUCUUCCAAUUCGACAACUGAAAGUUUCAAGUAUUAUUUCUACUGAUGAUUUUCGACACACAGUUGCGAGAGAGGCAAAAAUAUUGAUUAUAAAUAAUCUUACCACUGAAAAUGAUUCAUGGACCCCAAUUCUUCAGAGCCUUCCCAACGAAAGAGUGUGUUUGAUGAAUGAGAACGAACGCGUUCCACCAAAUGAUUACAUGGAUUUGAUUGAGAAUUGGUUGGAGAGUGGGCGUCCGGUUGGGACCACUUUCUUAUUGGGAAUCAAAAACGAAGAGACCGUGAAGCAAUGUUUGGAUAAUCUGAGACAGAGACAGGAAGUUAUUGGAUCUUCUGAAAAAAAAGUUCAACUCCGUAUCAACGCUUUAUUGAUGCUCGAAGUUUCUUAUGAAAUGAUUAAACGACAUGGGAGAUUACUAAGAGAUGACCAAUCGAAGUGGUGGCUGAGACUAGCAGUUGUUCCGGGAAGAUAUGAUUAA